AUGACCAAAGUUACCGUUCUGGGAGCUGCUGGAGGCAUUGGACAGCCACUGUCCCUGCUGCUUAAGAUGUCGCCGUUUGUGUCGACCCUAGCGCUGUACGAUUUGAGACUGGCGCCAGGCGUGGCACGCGAUUUGUCGCAUAUCAAUACCAACUCCAAGUGCAAGGGCUUCGACAAGGAAAACCUUCCAGCGGCACUGGAAGGUGCUCAUGUGGUGGUGAUCCCAGCUGGCGUGCCCAGAAAGCCUGGCAUGACCCGUGACGAUCUUUUCAAGAUCAACGCAGGCAUCGUGGCGAACCUGGUGGCUGCAACCGCAAAACAUGCGCCCAACGCACGCAUUUUGAUCAUUUCGAACCCGGUCAAUUCUACCGUGCCCGUGGCGUGCGAAACGCUGAAGCGUUCGGGUUCUUUCCAGCCGGGCAAGGUGAUGGGUGUGACCACAUUAGACGUGGUUCGCGCGCAGACUUUUCUCAGCGACGCUUUGGGCGGCGACAGCUACAGCCGCGAGUCCAUGAAACGCCAUGUCACCGUUGUUGGAGGCCACUCGGGCUCCACGAUCGUGCCGCUAAUCACGGACUCCAAGCUGCGUGCAAAGCUUGUAAAUCGACGUCUCUACGACGCGUACGUUCACCGAGUGCAGUUUGGCGGUGACGAGGUGGUCGAGGCCAAGCAGGGCGCCGGGUCCGCCACGCUCUCAAUGGCACUAGCCGGCUUCCACUUCACGAACCAGGUUUUGCGUAGCAUUCACUUGGAACCUUUGGACGUUGCACCAUUACCUGCAUUCGUUUAUUUACCGGGCAUUGAAGGCGGCCGCGAGCUUCAGGCCAAGCUCCAAACGCAAGCCGAAUAUUUUGCAGCGCCCGUGCAACUCUCGCGCGGCGACGUGGCCCGGGUCGAGUCGCAAUGGCUGGAAAAUAUUACGGACGCGGAGAAAAAGUCACUGGCAACGUGCUUAGGCGAACUCGAUACCAAUAUCCAAAAGGGCCGGAGGUUUGUGCAGAGUAAGUUGUGA